GCCACAUUCUUCAUGAAUGUUUAGAUCCUGAUCAAUCAGUGAAUGAUCUAUUGUCUAAUACUAAGCGUCUGCAACAUCAUCUGAUAGAUAAGGUCAUGAAAGCUCAAGUCACUAUUUUAUUGGAUAAAGAAUCUGGAAAGGAUUCAGCAAGAUUACGUUCCUUGCAAGGAAAAGGUGCAGGCUCUUGGCUAAAUGCCACUCCAUCAACCCAGAAUCUCGCAAUUUUACCUGGAAAUUUCCGCUUGGCAGCAUUCAUGAGGUUGGGAAUGGCAAUGCCCUUGCCUAUGUUGGCAGAUGAGUACAAAUGUGAAUGUGGAAAAACGAUCGAUAGAGAAGGGUAUCAUUUGUUGACUUGUAAAUUUGGAGGUGGACCAGUGUGGUCUCACAACUGUAUAGUUUCUGUGUGGGCAGAUUGUCUCAGCCAGUUACAUGUACCGUACUACAUUGAGCCUAAAGAUCGUUACACCACUUCCAGUGGAAGGCCAGACAUCUAUGUUGCAGAAUCAUUCUGCACGCCAGCAGCAGAAUUAGACAUUGCUCUAUCACAUCCAUUCAGCAAAGACAUCCUAUCUAGAGCUGCUUAUGUUGAUGGUGCUGCCGCAUCCAGAAGAGAAAAGAUCAAACAUACAAAGUAUGACUCCCAACUGCUACCAGGAGGGUAUGCACCAACAGCAAUCCCUUUGGUAUUUGAACAUUAUGGCAGAUGGGGUGAUGAGGCUCAACAGUUUUUAAAGACUCUUUCUCUCAUGUCUUAUGAUGAGGACGGUCAUCAGAAUGCAUCCAAUUUUACAACAUAUUGGAGACAACGUUUAUCAGUUCAGUUACAACAAUGUAACGCUAGAGUGAUUACCAGGAAGACAUCCCGCUUACUGGAACAUACAAGGAAAGUGAAGAGAAUGAACAAUACACACAAUUAUUAAUGUGCUUUACUGUACAGCCCUAUAUAGGGCUGGUUUCUGUAGAGUUUUAGUUUGGUAGAGAUUUUGUGCGAUUGGGACAGUAGAGUUGCUUAGUUGUGUUGAUUGUAGAUUUCAAUGUUGAAAAUAUAUGUAUUGG